AAAGCACCGGGAGCCUCCACGCGCACAGCGGGCGACCAGAGCGACAGCGCGGGCGUGAGAAUGUCUCUGUACCGGAACUCAGCAUGGUUCCUCAAAGGACUCACCGAAUUCACCAAGGGGGCGUUUCUGUCGGUAUCUAAAAACUUUGUUGAGAAAGACCUGGAGGUGUCGAUGGCAGGCCGGUCCUUCAUGAUCACUGGAGCGAACAGUGGAAUCGGGAAAGCAACCGCCAUGGCCAUCGCCAAGAAAGGUGGUACAAUCCACAUGGUCUGCAGGAACAAGGACAAGGCGGAAGAAGCCAGAGCGGAGAUCGUCAAAGAGUCUGGAAACAAAGAAAUCUAUGUGCAUCUUUUGGAUCUGACUGAGACCAAAAAGGUGUGGGAGUUUGCGGAGUCCUUUAAGAAAAAGUACAAAACUCUCAACGUCCUGAUCAAUAACGCCGGCUGUAUGAUGACUAAGAGGGAGGUGAAUGGAGAGGAUUUGGAGAAAAGCUUCGCCAGCAACACUCUAGCCGUGUACAUCCUCAUCAAGAGCCUCAUUCCUCUGCUGGAGAAGAGCCCUGACCCCAGAGUGAUAACAGUUUCAUCCGGUGGGAUGCUGGUGCAGAAACUGCGAACCGGAAACCUGCAGUCUCAGAGGGGCAGAUAUGACGGCACUAUGGUGUACGCACAGAACAAGAGGCAGCAGGUGGUGAUGACGGAGCAGUUUGCUAAAGCUCAUCCCAACAUCCACUUCUCUGUAAUGCACCCCGGAUGGGUCGACACGCCAACCAUAGCGAACGCGAUGCCUGAUUUCCACAGCUCUAUGAAGGAGCGCUUGCGGACACCGGAGCAAGGGGCCGAUACGGUCGUGUGGCUCGCUGUGUCCGAGGCGGCCGUCAAGAGUGCCAGCGGGGGGUUUUUUCAGGAUCGGCAGAUGGUGUCGGCUCAUCUUCCCUUGGCCUGGACACACAGUUCACAGCUGGAAGAUCAGAAAUUCAUGAGCGUCAUGGAGGAUCUGGCCAAGGGCUUCCAGCCUCACUAAAUACACUCGCAUUUAACAACUGCAACACAAAUAAAUGUAGGACACUAACAUCGUUAACUGUUUAGACACAUUAUUCUCACUCGUAAAAGCAGUGUGAAUGUACUUACAGUACCUCACCAUAACUUUUAGCUGUAGAUUAAAAUGUCCUCCUGAGCUCUGAAAGACUGUUAUGCUCAAUAAAUGCUUAAAUACGUUUAAGUCUUUUACCACAAUGACUACUUCCUGUUUCUUCCUGUUCUGCUUCCUCGUACAUUUCAAUUCUCUCCUAUCAUUGGUCACGGCAGACGCAGGAUUCGUUCUUUUCCGACAGCUUUGUUCUGACACCAUGUGAUCAAUCUCAGCCAAUCGCAGUGCGUUCUCACUCUCACUGUGUCGGUGACUCCAACAAAUCAGGUCAAUCAGGUGGGAACCCGUUCUGACCGGAGUCACCCUAGCUGUCAAUCACUCACUCACGGCCAAUCACGUGGUGAAGCACAGGGAACUGUGGGAAAGGACAUUUCCUGCUUUUGGGGGCCUGUGAUUGGACGUUUCUUUGGUUUGAGUGUGUCACCAGAUGUUCCAGAGAAUGAGGAAGUGAUGUGUAGUUUUUUUAUUAUUAUUUGUUCUGACAAUAAUGUAUGAUUACAUUCCUACAUAUAUAGACUGUGUUAAUAACCAUUUAAUUAUGACAUGACUGUAAUUUCACACGUUUUCAUCCAACAUUAAUAAAUAUCUCUGAAGGUG